AGGAUCAGGAUUCAUUGAUUUGACGUUUGACUUGACAUUGACAAUAAUUUUGUUUUUGUUUUGCCUGAAGAAAAGCACGUAUUAUCGAUUAAAAUUGCAUAAAAUGUAAUCAAAAUGUCAUCUCUCGACUCUCAGUCCAGAGAUAGUGGUCUGGACAGUGAUACCAGUCAUAAUUAUGUGACAGUUAUACAGAACGAGUACUCAAGGAACCGUGGGUUUCCUCAACCACCAGAUCCGUACAGCGACUAUUCAUCCCCAAGAAAUGGCGAAGUUCAAAGCGGCGGUGAAGAGAAUGGCUCUUCAGAAGGCUACAAAACAUUGUCAGAGUCAACAAAUUCGCAGUGGGAGAGAACAGAGGAUUCUCAAUCUGAUCAGACUCCUCACAGUAUAAAGGUGUGUGUCUACCUGAUGUCGGACGUGGCAUUCCAUAUGGAGCUGGAGGAUGGAGCCAACACUACUGUGCCCGAAAUGGUGCAGGCCAUUGUCAAUGACCCUGAGCUCGGACUCCCCAAAUCGGCCGCCAACAUUUUCACCAUGUGGAUGUGCUCUGGACUUCUAGAACUGCAACUGAAGCCAGGACACCGUCCGCUAGCGGUGCGCGCGAAAUGGCCAGCCCUGUUGGCCAAGUAUGCGCACGCAACCGACUCUCGUCAGCGUAGGGACGAGCCUGUGCUCUCAUUUCAGCGCAACGUAUUUUUGCCACGUGCCACCGACCAGCGAAUCAAGGACGCAAAAGUUGUUGAGCUGCUUUACCAUGAAGCCAGGUACAACAUCCUUGAAGGUCGUUAUCCGUGUGAAGUCAACAACUACAUAAUGCUGGGUGCCAUUCAAGCAAGGUUGGAGCUUGGACCAUACAAUCCACAGCACCAUACCAUACAUUUCUUCAGGGAGCAGCAGAGCAACUUUCUUCCGGUGCACAUGCGUCGUGGCGUUUGGACGUCAUGGCUGCACCUGAGCGGAAAGACGUCGCCCGAAGUGAAGCUGCUUGAGAAUUUCAAGCUCAUCCCAGCCAACACAACCGAGCGAAAGCUGCAGCGCAAGUACCUCGAGUUUUGCUGGUCGCUGCCCUAUUAUGGUUGUGCUUUCUUCCAAGGACAAGUGGAGCAACCAGUGAGAGGACUGACCUCUCUCAUCACUCACCAGGAUGUGCCUGUGCUUGUCGGCAUAAACACACAAGGAGUCUACAUCAUAGACAACGUACAGUGUUGCUUGUUGCUUGGCCUGAAGUAUGAAGACAUGUCGUGGGAUUUUGCCAAACCCUCACAAGAGGACAACCCCGAUUGCCUGCCGUGCUUGUUUCUGCAAUUCCGAGUACUCGAAAACGGCACUCGCGUUUUCAAAAUACUGCAGGUGUUUUCAAAACAGGCAGUGAUGAUGGAUGCACUGAUCAGUGGAUUUGUGGAGGAUGUGAAGCGUAAGGCGAGUGCUGCAUUGAACUCUGAUGAAACAGACCGACCUUCAGAGGCGGCCACCGACAGUGAUGAUACCCAGAUGCCAUUAACCAAGCAAGACCUACCACAAGCUAGCCUUGGUAACAAACUGAGCAAGCUGACACUAGCCACAUUCGAUGAGGAAGGUCGAUGCAUUGGAAGAAUGGGUUCUUGGUCUUUCACCUAUUAACACACCUCAGUCUAUUUAAUGGCUAUUACUAAUUUUGAUCUCGAAUACAAGAGUACAACACUGUCAAUCAUUCAAUUUGUUCAUUGCAUUUUUAUCAAAAAUAAUCUAUGAACAGAUAAAAAUAAACAUGUUAUUGUAUCACCUAUUCACUUAUUUUAUUUGAAGAUUCACUUGGAACUUUCAGAAUUGUUUGAUUGGCAAUCACUGAUGAUCAUUAUUAUGAAUCCUGAUAGUUUGAAGAGAAUCACAUAUAGAAUAUACUUUAUUAAAUAUUAUUAAUUUAUUGUUAUUUGUCGCCAUAAAAUGUGUAUUGUAUUCAUUUGUAUUCAUGUAUUUAACAUUCAAAUAUUCGUACUCAUCUUAAUAAUGCUGUAUUAUUGGUAAGAGCUUCUUCAUAAUCUUGAUGUUAAUCCUUUCAAUUCAUAAUCAUUGUAUAAUAUAUUCAUCUUCAUUUACAUAAUGUAUUAUUUAUGACAGCUAUUUUGUAUUGUGUUAUAAAAUAAAAAGUUUAUUUUAUUUGUUGUAAUUAUAAAUAAACAUUUUAUGAAAAAUGAAUGACGUGUUGUUUUUUAAAUAAAAACUUUUAUUUGUUGUAAUUAUAAAUAAAACAAUUUAUCAAAAAUGAA